GCUGCCUGCCUCUCCCUAAUCACAGAUUGUCAGGGGCACAAGACCCAUGUGGGAAAAAGUUACCAGCUGGCACCUGAAGUCAAGGAAGGAGAGACGUUGGUCAUUGCUCCCACUCUCAGCCCAGAUGCAAUAGCCCCAGAGAAGAGCAGUGCUGCUGCUGGAAAGAAAAGAGGCAAAGAGCUGAAUUCUUGCUGGGUAUAGGGAAAAUAUGGGGCUGAGGCUCUGAACUGCACAGCUGGAACUUGAAUAAUAGCACACUUUCUGUAUCUCUCGGACCCAUGUCUGAACAGGCAGCUACUGUGGCUGGAGGUGUGGUAGGAGGAAUUUUGUUAUUGGUCCUUAUUGGGAUAGCAGUGUACCUCUUUUGGAAGAAGAUAUAUCUCCAGGCUUCUUAUGAAGAACUCACCAAUUCUACUUCUCCAGUUCAUGCACGAAUUGGUCUGCAGGAGUCAGAUAUCACCCAAUCAUCUUCAGUUCCAUCCCAAAAUGCAGGAACAAGAAGUGUGCCUUUUAUCGUUCCACCAAAAUUUCAUAGACAAGCCUGGACUGAUAUGACAAAUGGAGAACAUAUUCAGGAGGACAGUGACCUCUAUGUGACCCCUGACUCUGGGCCACGAUCUUCUUUCCAUUCUUUAGCUGGAGCAUACCUUGUAGGAACAAUCAACCCAGACCUGUACAGGUUUCCUGAGGACAAGAGUGAGACAGACUUUCCCGAGGGCAACAUUGGCCGGCUUUGGUUCUCAGUGGAAUAUGAGCAGGAAUCAGAAAGGCUCCUUGUCUCCUUGAUUAAAGCCCGGAAGCUGCAGCCAACCACCAGCUCCUGCAACCCCUUUGUGAAAAUCUACCUGCUGCCUGACGAGAGGCGUUAUUUGCAGUCCAGGACCAAGCGCAAAAACCUCAACCCUCAGUUUGAUGAGAACUUUGUUUUCCAGGUUUCCAGUAAUGCUUUAUACCAGAGGACACUGAAGUUCUGUGUCUACCAUGUGGACAAACAGAAGAAGCACAUUCUCCUAGGCCAAGUAAUUUUCCCUCUGAAAAAUGAAACCUUAACUGAUGACAGCAAAGUUGUCGUUUGGAGAGACUUGGAAGCAGAACCCCUGGAGCCUCCUUCUGAACAUGGUGACCUCCAGUUUUCUCUCAGCUAUAAUGCCUAUCUGGGCCGUCUCACUGUGGUGGUGCUGAGAGCAAGGGGUUUGAAAUUCCAGAACGAGAGGCAUGCUGUUGAUGUGUUUGUCAAAGUGUCAUUAAUGAACCAUAAUCAAUUCAUCAAAAGCAAAAGGACCAUGGCUGUUCUAGGAUCCCCAAAUCCAUUGUACAAUGAGACUUUCAGCUUUAAGGUUGACCAGCUGGAACUGGAUACAGCGAGCUUGAGCCUGUCUGUGCUCCAGAAUUCUGAGGGAGACGAAACUUGUUCACUGGGUCGUGUUGUUGUUGGGCCCUUCAUGUACACCAGAGGCAAAGAACUUGAACACUGGAAUGAAAUGAUCAACAAGCCCAAGGAGCUGGUGAAGAGGUGGCAUGCGCUCUCUCUCUGCACCUGAUGGAUCCUUGGAAGAGAUACUCUCUGCCUGUAGCUGUGUAUGGGCAUGAUGGUGCUUGCAUGGUGUCAUCUACACCUUAAGUGGCGCAGCAGGGAAAUGCUUGACUAACAAGCAGAAGGUUGCCAAUUUGAAUCCCCGCUGGUACUAUAUUGGGCAGCAGCGAUAUAGAAAGAUGCUGAAAGGCAUCAUCUCAUACUGCAUGGGAAGAGGCAAUGGAAAACCCCUCCUAUAUUCUACUAAGGAAACCACAGGGCUCUGUGGGCACCAGGAGUCGAAAUCGACUCGACAGCACACUUUACCUUUACCAUUUCCAACACUCUGAUGGAUCUUCCACUUAGAUUCACAACAGGAGUUUGAUGGUUUAGUGAUUAAGAUGAUUGAUAACAUCUUUGAAAGCACUGGAUCUCAGCUGGAUCUCAAGUCAGCAGGCCCCCUCAGGGUCACUCAGCCUGCAGGAUGAAAUUCUUAACCCUUCAAAAUUAGAAGCACUGCUUCAUCGGUGAGAGAGUGUGCAGUGGCCACAUUAUUACAUCUCCCAUAGACUAUUGAAAUGGGCAGACCUUUACCAGACCGGCAAGAGCAUAUGAACUGGCAGACUAAUAUACACUUCCUGCUAGAUGGUUACCAGUUACCCACCCUUGACUGGUUGCUUGAUUGAUUAAGUGCCGUCAAGUCAGGCCGACUCUUAGAGGCCACAUAGAUAGAUUAUCUCCAGGAUGAUCUGUCUUCAACUUGGCCUUUAAGGUUUCUCAGUGGUGCAUUCAUUGCUGUCGUAAUAAUCGAGUCCAUCCACCUUGCUGCUUAAACCUGUUCAAUUCAAAGGGUUUGCGUGUGCCUAGCUUGAUAAUGAAUUUGUGGUGUGUGUGUGUGUGUGUUCUACAUGGAGAUAAUUUAUCUUCCACUAAGCCAGAGCUCUGUACUGCUUUCGUUGCCUUGUAUAACAAUGUUCUGCAACAUUCUGCUGACAGUGCAGGAUACAGAAUGUAGAAGGUGCUGCUACUCCCCCUUUCCCAAAGGCUGCAAGGAUCAGAUUGGGAGCUGCCUGCUCCCAGGACAAGGAGAAGAAACUGCCAGCAAGCAGCCUGUUAAUUGCCUCCUCUCUGCUGCUGCUGCAGCAGCAGAAACCAGAUCCACACUCCUCCUUCUGGAAGGAGGAGAAGGGGUCAGGAACGGAGCCAGGCUGGCAGCAGUCCGUGUGCGGCUGCUGCCAUGGUCCCCUGGCCCCGCCCCCCACAUCUGUCAGAUGCGCCCGGCUAGCCGUGCCCCCACGUCUGAUGUCAGGGAGAGCUGUUCCGGCCACACUGCCAAUGCAGCACAGGCCAAUCUCUGUCCUAAAUGGGGCCAUGUGGCCCCCUUUGGGAGGGAGAUUGAUCGGCCCCACUGCAUUGCCAUUGCCAUAUAUACUGCAUUGCCAUAUAUACUGUGUGUCAAGUAACUAAGUGCUGUGAGAAGUUCAAAUCAUCAGCUUUGUAACCAAGCAAGAUUUCAGCCCUACUAAUCAGUAGUGAAAUAAACAAACCUCAGAUAACAUCUUCAGAUAAAUAUUACUCUUGUUUUGUUUUAAAGUGUUUCUGUAACAAACCUUCCUCCCGUCUGCAAAGCCAUGUUAUCAGGGUAAAGAAACCAACAGAGUUACAGAGUUACACCAAUUAUGUAAUUGGUGGCAGCGGAAAUAUACACUUAUACAAGCCAAAGUAACAUCUAAGGUGAAAAACAGCUGGGGAAAAAACUUUACACACAUCCCUGACUCAGACCCAAUGCCACACUGGGUAACAGCGUCACAGGGUCAGCCAGAAGACCAGACUAUGCAAAUGUGUGCAAAUAGAUGUGAACAUGUACACAAAUUAAAAACAAUUGAAGUAUUUUCCAAAGUUUUUAUUUGGGAAUAGGCUUUUUGUUAAAGUAAAUUCAGAUAAACUCUAGAUGUGACCAUUUAUUAGGUUCACAAAUAACAUGCACGACUGUUUAAAACAAAUCAAAUCAAAGAAUACAAUUUCUCUAACACUCUUGGGACUUCCUUUGCAUCCAUAAAAAUUACAUGCCAAAUAAUGGUCACUGAACAAUAAUACAUUAAAAAGGGAAAAAAACAACAACCAGGAAAUUGUUUCUUGGUAGAAAUAAAACAGAUUUCCUUUGGAAACAGGAUGCAGUGUUAAUUAAUUUCAUGGUCCAAUAUUAAGAGCUUCCUUGAGAAAGCACAGGACUUUAAUCUCCGUUUUACUAUAUUGUAGCCAUCAAAGGGCAUAUAGUAGAAGUGCCAUGCAUUUCAUUGUCUGGGACACAGAUUCAAUCUUGCUUUCAGAGGUAAUGCUGGCUUCUUGCAAACCAUGGUUUGCAAACAGAGAGCUAGCCUUGGGAAUUCAUGCUUCAUUCCCUCUCAGCGGGGAAGCAGCUUGCCUAGGGAGCAAGAGGCUGUUAGUUCAAAUCCCCACCGGUGUACUUCCCAGACUGUGCCUAGUAAAUAUAUAUUUGUAGUCAUCUCUAUCGGGCAACAGUGAUAUCAGAAGGUUCUGGAGGCGGAUGCUCACUUCAAUGACAACGGCAAAAGGCAUCAUCUGAUACUGCACGGGAGGAAGGCAAUGGUAAACCACUCCUGUAUUCUACCAAGAAAACCACAUGGCUGUGUGGUUGCUAGGAGUUGACACUGACACAACAACACAAUCUUUCCUUUCUCCUCUCUGGAGUGACUUUCCACUGCCUUUCCUGGUAGUUACUUCAGAUUAAUAUUUCAUGUCUACUGCUACAUAGCACAGUUGCCUUGUAAUCUAGAGACUGGGCGAAACCAUUGUUUAAGGUGCGUUUGCAGACUUUGAUUAUGAGAGAACCUGGUUUACAUUAACCAUGGUUUGUAUUGGUGCACAUGUAGCAUCACUAUGGCUAAUGCUAGGAAGAGAGGGGGAGGGGGAAUUGCUGGGAAGUUCAUGAUGCUGAAGCUGGCUCCUGAUUUGCAACCCACAGUUUACAGAGAGCCAUUGUUAUGUCUAGAUUUGGCCACAGUAGUUACAAAGCUCUGCAAGUUCCAGAAGAAAAUGCUUUGGGUUUUUCAUGAAAUCUGAAGAAUCAUACAAGGUCUCUACGCACAAUGUAGAGUAUGCAGUUAAGUGUAGUAUUACCCCCCGAAGUUAUCACACUACUUAAUAAGGCAACGACAUUAUGACAUUACAUUAUUAGCUGUGGGAAGAAUCAGAUGCGAUGGUUUGGCUGACAUCUCCCAUAAAUAAUUUCUCAGACAGUUCAUGUGAUUCAAAGCACUUUGUAUGGCAGAAAGAGGGAGUGUGAGUUUCCUGCUUCCCUCCUUGCCACAGGCCAUUUUUAGAAAUGUCUACUCCUAUUGAACAGCUAGGGUAACAAAAAUGCCCAGCCUGCACCUCCCUACCUGUUCAGUGUGUGAAUGGUGGGGCAUACCCUGCCACAAAAAAAGAAGUGAACUUAUUUCUUGUCACUUAACAUGGAACACGCAACAUGUCUAUUAUGCUUUGCUGAAAAAUGUGUAUGCUUUCCCUGGCUGGAGUCUGCAGUAUGCUCUGUGUUAAAUUAAGUGCUGUGAAGCCUAAGAAUCGGCAUUUUCCUUGUCCUUUUCCAGUUGAGAGUAUGUUUCUCCUAACUUGCAUAAAAGUAUAUGCCAUGUAAUUAAAACAAACUGAACCAAU